AUGGGGCAAUUGCCAUGGCACCAAUUCUCCGCGGGCCUGUAUUAUCAGCGGCCUCAGCAACGCAGCAGCCCACAAUGCCCCAGCCGCCAAACCCCAAUGGGCACCAAUGUCGCGGCUGGCAGUAGCAACCAGCGAAAAGGUUUGCCUGUUGGUAACCUUCGUCGUCUGAAAGAUCUCCGGCAAGCUAUGGAGAUUGAAAUCGUGGUUGUUAAGGAGGCAGGCAUGAAGUGA